AUGACAGUCAACUCCACUUUUAGAUCGGCAUCAACUUCCCCGAAACUGGGCAAAACCAGCCAGGCAGACAUCCUGAGCCCCGAGGCCCAAAAGUUCCUGGUUGAACUCCACAGCAACUUCAACCAGCGACGUCUGGAGCUCCUUGAUCUGCGUCAGAAGAACCAGCUCAAGCUCGAUGCAGGCGAAAUCCCCACGUAUCCCACGGAAACAGCAGACAUCCGAGCAGACAAGUCGUGGACAGGUCCAUCUCUGGCUCCCGGUCUCCAUGACCGACGGGUCGAAAUCACUGGCCCCCCAGACCGAAAGAUGAUCAUCAACGCCCUCAACACAAACGUCGCCACCUACAUGUCCGAUUUCGAGGACUCCCAAGCCCCCACCUGGGACAACUGUCUCGAUGGGCAAGUCAACCUGUACGAUGCCAUCCGAAACCAGGUUGAUUUCGACACAGAGAAGAAACCCUACAAGCUGACUACAAAGAAGUGGACCGAGGGGACCUACUCUAGAGGCUCCACGGACACUCGACCCACUCUUUUGGUGCGCCCUAGAGGCUGGCACAUGCUCGAAAGCCAUGUUCAGAUCGAUGGACAGAGCAUGUCUGGGUCUCUGUUCGACUUUGGACUCUUCUUCUUCAACAACGCCAAGGCUCUGAUUGAGGCUGGCCGAGGCCCUUACUUUUACCUCCCCAAGAUGGAGCAUUAUCUCGAGGCUCGACUCUGGAAUGAUGUCUUUGUUUUCUCUCAAAACUACUGCGGAAUCCCCCAGGGCACCAUUCGAGCUACUUGUCUGAUUGAGACUCUUCCUGCAGCUCUGCACAUGGAGGAGAUCAUCUACGAGCUGCGAGAUCACUCUGCCGGCCUCAACUGUGGUCGAUGGGACUACAUGUUCUCAGUUAUCAAGCGGUUCCGAAACCAGCCCGAGAAGCUGCUUCCUGACCGAAAGAUGAUCACCAUGACCGUUCCCUUCAUGAACGCUUACGUGACUCGUCUGGUUCACGUGUGUCACAAACGAAAGGUGCAUGCCAUGGGAGGUAUGGCUGCCAUCAUUCCUCUCAAGGAUGCUGCGGAGAACGCCCUUGCCAUGGAGAAGGUCAAGGCUGACAAACACAGAGAGGCCUCUGCAGGCUGUGACGGUACCUGGAUCGCUCAUCCCGGUUUGGCUGAGACUGCCACCAAGGAGUUUGACGAGUUGAUGCCAGGGGAAAACCAAUUUGAUUUCGUCGGAGAGGACGUUCCCUCCGAGAAGCUGUUGGAUACUACCAUUGAAGGCUUUGCCAUCACCAAGGAGGGUCUUCAGGAGAAUGUCUACAUUGGUCUGCGCUACAUGGAGGCAUGGCUGCGAGGGUUGGGAUGUGUGCCCAUCAACAACCUCAUGGAGGAUGCUGCUACUGCCGAGGUUUCUCGUGCCCAGCUGUGGCAGUGGACCAAGCACGGCAAGUUCACCAAGGAGGAGGUAUUGGAGAUGAUUUCCCAGGAGGCCGAGAAGCUGGGAAACACCGACUCUGUCAAGCGAGCAGGCGAGUUGCUGGGAUCUGAGAUUGGCGGCGAUUUUGCAGAGUUCCUCACCGAUCUGCUGUAUCCUGAUCUGGUUGAACAGUAG